CUGCCCACAGAAUCCUAAAAUCCGAAAUGGGGUCCCUGCCUCCAUCGUCUUCCCUACUUCCCUAGUAAGACCCAAGAGCAAAGAAGUUAGGAAAAUUCAUGGCAGGCCUUCAAACAAGUAUACUGAUCAGAUACUAUUCGAUUUUUGUGAAGGCCCAAGCUUAAACCGUUUUGGUCCACAUCUGCUCGGUUACGUUUCACAAAAUCAACGCCAUUUCAAACCAAACCUUUUUCCCGGUGGCCCCCCUCUCGAUCUCGCAAUUUCGCCGACGGUGGCAGCUCAUUCACAGUUUUUCAAUUAAUGGAAAAUUCACGUUCAAACGAGAAAGAUGCUCUGGAUGAUGAGCAGCUAGCUGAAGAUGGUUGGGUGAUGGUCAAGAAACAGAUAGUCACUAUUCUGGUUCCUGCCUCUGAGCAGUCUAUAUCGGCUAAUAGUCAAGAAAGCCCUCUGCAGGAACCACCAAGAAAAUCUAACAAUUCCCGAAAUACUACUCCAGUGGGAAUCCACACAGAGAAUCGAACGGUUGUUGAAUGUGAGAAGUCCAUACUAGUGGCAAGUAAACACAUGUGUGUACAGCCUCAACCCACCUUGCAAUUCCAGAAACCAUCAAAAUUAAGGAUGAGAUCGAAAUAUCCACAGGUUUCUAGUUUUAGAACAAGCUUCGUGAGAAAAGUAACUCAGCAACAUUUAAUCAAUGCCAAUGGGGGUUCAAUGAUGAACAAAAGAAUGAAGGCUCUUAAUAUCGAAAGAAGGCUCCGCAGUGCUGGUGGACUGACCAAUUGGUUGGUUUCAUUAGGACUUGGUGGUCAUUUUAUAAAGAUUUUUCGGGGUAAUAACGUCAGUAAAUUUCAGCUGGCGAGUUUGACAAUGGAAAAGCUGAAAGACAUGGGCUCGUUUGCUGUUGGUCCUAGGAGAAAGCUAUUACAUGCCAUUGAUUGCUUUUCCCAUCCAUAUUGUUGUAAGCAUAAAUGACCUUAUGGGACAGUAAUGACUAACAAGAUCAGUGUAGCAUUUUCCGGGGAAGGUAUACUACUCUAUAUCUCUUGGACCUUUCUCUGAAUCAUGUAACUAUUGUAUGUGAAAGAUCCUAUUAUCUGUGAUGUUGGGGCAGUUGGGCUAUGGUCUCUGUGGGGUCUGUGAUUAUUAGAACAGUGGAACCAGUUUGAUCUAGCCUAGAGUCUGACUGUGUCUGUGGAUAAAGUUAAUCCACAAAGGGCUAUGAAAAGUUGAAUACCAAAAUGCUCAUCCAGUCGUCCUAAAAUCCUGAUCGAAGGCCCAAUGCCCAUAGCUCUUUCUUUAUUCUUCCAUUUGAUUUUUAUUUGGAAAAAUUGAUAGUAAUAAUCCCAACUAUUGGCGGUUCGCUCAUAAUAAUCCCAACUAUUGAUUAUUACAGAAUAAUCCCAACUUUAGGGACCUUCCACCAAUAAUGGUCCCUAUGAAUAAAUUCUUGUAGUUUCUAAAGUGGAUGGGGUGAGAUAUAACAAGUAAUCCCUCUAAAUAAUCUCAACUUUUAAUUUUUACGCUUAAUUUCUAUUUAGAAUUCACUUUUAUAGAGGUAAUAUAUGGUCAUGGACCAUUAUUGGCGGAUAGUCUAUAUAGUUGGGAUUAUACAAAAAUAAUCAAUAGUUGGGAUUAUUUUCAGCGGACCGGCAAUAGUUGAGAUUAUUAUUUUCAAUUUUUCCUUUUUAUUUUCUAACAAGGUACUAUGUAUAUAAGAAGAUGAAAUGAAAAUGUUGACGAGCACUUUGUCGUAGUGUGCCUCAAA